CCCCUUAGCCGCGCCACCAACAUAACCAGCGCUCUCUCUUCCCAACAAAUGAACAACACCAUUACUUCCAUUUCUUCUCAAAUCAUGGAGUCCUCGUCGUCGUCGAAGUCGAAGAGGAUAACCUUCUUCUCCGGUCGCCGGUCCGACAGCUUCUUGUUAUAGCAAGAGCUUAAACCUUACUUCAAUUUUCAGCUCCAUCGAAUAACUUUCUUUUUUCAAGUAGUAAUACAUUUUGUUUAGAGAUCUUUAAUUUUGGUGGAGCAAUGGACGAAGAUAAAGCCGGUUUAGCACAGAAGUUAAUUGAAACGGUCAAUGAGAUAUCGGCGAUACCGGAGUACCGGCCAACGGUGAAGAAGCAGUACUGCAAUUUAGCUCGGCGGCUGAAGCUGUUGACUCCGAUGUUCGAAGAGAUUCGUGAUAAUAAAGAAGUUCUCCCUCAGGACUCGCUUAAAGCCCUGGCUGCUCUAAACCAUGCUCUUGAUUCCGCUAAGGAGUUGCUCAAAUUCGGCUGUGAUGGCAGCAAAAUCUAUCUCGUGUUAGAGAGGGAUGAAAUCAUGAAAAGGUUUCAAGAAGUUACAGCGCAGUUGGAACAAGCUCUAAGUGGAAUCUCUUUUGAAAUCCUUGACAUAUCUGAUGAAGUUAAAGAACAGGUUGAGCUUGUUCUUUCUCAGUUCAGAAGAGCAAAAGGAAGGAUUGACUCCCCCGAUAUUGAGCUGUAUGAAGAUCUAUUGUCUCUUUACAGCAGGAGUAAUGACUCUUCUGCAGAUCCAACUGUCCUAAGGACAUUGGUAGAAAAGCUACACCUAACUGGAAUAUCAGACCUUACUCAAGAGUCACUGGCUUUGCAUGAAAUGGUUGCUGCCACUGGCGGGGAUCCUGAGGAGAGUAUAGAGAAGAUGUCAAUGGUAUUGAAGAAAAUUAAGGAUUUUGUGCAGACAGAGAAUCCAGAUAGUGACCUACCUUCAAGUUGCAGUGCACAACUAUCCUCAGAAGGGAAUCAUAAAUCUCCUUUCAUACCUGAUGAUUUUCGUUGUCCUAUAUCCCUAGAGUUGAUGAGGGAUCCUGUCAUUGUCUCCACAGGGCAGACCUAUGAGCGUUCCUGCAUUGAGAAAUGGCUAGAAGCGGGUCAUGGCACUUGUCCCAAGACUCGACAAGCCCUUACUAGCACUGCUGUAACACCUAACUACGUCUUACGUAGCCUUAUAGCACAGUGGUGUGAGGCAAAUGGGAUUGAACCACCAAAACGACCUGGCAGUUCUCAGCCAAAUAAGACGACAUCUGCAUGCUUUCCUGCUGACCGCACUAAAAUAGAUGUCCUUCUCCAUAAGCUCACAUCUGGCAACCCAGAAGACCAGCGAUCAGCUGCUGGUGAAAUCCGGCUUCUUGCCAAGCGCAAUGCUGAUAAUCGUGUUGCAAUUGCUGAAGUGGGUGCGAUUCCAUUGCUGGUUAGCCUUUUGUCAACACCGGAUUCCCGCACUCAGGAGCAUGCUGUUACUGCACUUCUUAACCUCUCCAUAUGCGAGGAUAACAAGGGGAGAAUCAUUAAUUCAGGGGCAGUGCCAGGUAUAGUUCAUGUGCUGAAGAAAGGAAGCAUGGAAGCACGUGAAAAUGCAGCAGCUACCCUGUUUAGUCUCUCAGUUGUGGAUGAAAAUAAGGUCACAAUUGGUACUUCUGGAGCUAUCCCACCUCUCGUAAUGCUUUUAAGUGAAGGAACCCAGAGGGGAAAGAAGGAUGCUGCAACAGCUCUGUUCAACUUGUGCAUAUAUCAGGGUAACAAGGGAAAGGCGGUGAGGGCUGGAGUUGUGCCCACAUUGAUGCGUCUGCUUACAGAACCUCAGGGUGGUAUGGUAGAUGAGGCACUAGCUAUAUUGGCAAUAUUGGCUAGCCAUCCUGAAGGGAAGGCAGCCAUUGGAGCUGCAGAGGCAGUGCCUGUUUUAGUAGAUGUUAUUGGAAAUGGUUCCCCAAGGAACAAAGAAAAUGCUGCUGCAGUAUUGGUGCACCUUUGUUCGGGAGACCAACAGCAUCUGGUGGAGGCCCAGGAACUUGGAGUGAUGGGUUAUUUGCUUGAUUUGGCACAAAAUGGCACUGAAAGGGGCAGGCGCAAGGCUACCCAGUUACUUGAGCGAAUGAAUAGAUAUGUAGAGCAGCAAAAGCAGGCCCAGUCACAAGCCGAGGUUCAAACGCAAACUCAGAACCAGGUGCCACGGCCGCCUGCGUUUGGCGAUGCUGUUGAUAGUUGAGAACCUCUUUUUUGGCUUUGGUUCUUCAAAAAAGUAUUCAGGGGCAUUUUAAUUAAUUAAGUGGAGACAGGUGGAAGAUCACCCUCUCCAUUUCUCAAGUUAUUCGUUGCGUUGCGUGGAGUUGAGGAUUAUACUUCUAGAGAAUGACCAUGACAUGAGAAAGAUAACGACCAUGGCAUGAGGAAGAUAACGACCAUGGCAAAGGAAUGUCUUCUGUACCAAUGUAACCUGUAAAAUUUGUAAUCAUCCUCGGUUUUUUAUAGAAGGAGAUGCUUUUCUCUAUAGAAAAUUUGCUUCUGCUGGCAACUGUAGCGGAGCUUCAAAAGAGAAUCAUUUGAGAUGAAAGGUGCAAUACAGAUUAUUCCUUUUUAUGAGCUUUGGCACA